AUGACAGAGAUUGCAAUCAAUAGGAGGUUUCAACGGCUGCCCGGGAAGAUCCUGCCUCCUGUAUCCCCAGGCAUUUUUCCAUCCCCUGAACAUGCAUUUGGUUGUGCUGGUACAAUUCCACUCACUGCAGAGAUUUCUGAGGAACCAGGUUAUAACUUCCAGCAGGAUCAGGGAAGUGAUUCUUCCCGUGUACUCAGUGCUGGUGAGGCCACACCUCGAGUGCUGUGUCCAGUUCUGGGCCCUCAGUUCAGGAAGGAUAUUGAGGUGCUGGAGCAGGUCCAGAGAAAAGCAACAAGGCUGGUGAAGGGACUUGAGCACAAGUCUUAUGAGGAGAGUCUGAGGGAGCUGGGGCUGUUUAGCCUGGACAAGAGGAAGCUCAGGGGAGACCUCAUCACUCUCUACAACUCUCCGAAAGGAGGUUGUAGCCAGGUGGGGGUUGGUCUCUCUUCCCAGGCAACUAUCAGUAAGACAAGAGGGCAUGGUCUUAAGCUGUGCCAGGGGAGGUUUAGGUUGGAUAUUAGGAAGAAAUUCUUUACAGAGAGGGUAAUCAGGCACUGGAAUGGGCUGCCCGGGGAAGUGGUGGAUUCUCUGUCCCUGGAGGUUUUUAAGAUGAGACUG